UCCAGUCACCAUUAACGUGUAGUGUGAGAGUGAAAUGUACUAUAGACGAAUUUUUCGAUAGCAGACGACCAAAAAUAACGAAAUUACUCGUCAAAAGGGAGCGCUGUAAGUAAUGAGAUGGUGGAUGCUGUGGAUUUUGAAUCGGUUUUGCGCUCGAAGCGUAUCUUAAACGAUUUGCCUACAGUAACAGAAAGAUAUUUUGAUGGACGAUACGUAAAAGAAAUACAAGGAAAACUUGCUGAAGAAUAUGUUCUUUUUCAUUCUAAUAGGAUAUGUGUAAUAACUUUAGCUCCAAUGCAUCCUAUUCUGACUGAAAAGAAAACAGUUACUUCGGUUGAUUUUAAAAUUGGAGAAGUAAGUCGUCUUCAAAAUCAAGUAUCAGGGAAAUGGAAAAGGGGUGGACAACAAUUAAAGCAACAUUCACAAUUAUGUGAAAUCCAUUGUAAUGACAACUCGGUCUAUGCUGUUUAUAGUUGUGUUUAUGGAAGACUUGUUGAAGUAAAUGAAAACUUGCUUGAGAAACCUCAUUUGUUAACAGAAAAGACUUGGUCUGAAGGAUACAUUGCUAUUGUCUUGCCUCCUCUAGGAAGCAGUGAUGUACAAAAAAAUGCUUUAAAAUAAAAGCUCAAAUUUUAUUUCAAAA